AUGGCGGCCCAAAUCGAUCCCGAGAUUGUUUUGUACGACUUGGCUUGUACCAAGAACGUCUGCUUCUCUCCAACUGUCUGGCGUAUCCGUCUCAUGCUUAACUAUAAGAAAAUCCCUUACAGAACCGUCUUUCUUGAAUUUCCGGAUAUUGAGCCUACCCUGAAAGGGCUCGGUCUGGUUCUGGGCGGAUCCGCUUCGAAAUACACAGUCCCAGCUAUCCACCACGUGCCGACCAACACCUACAUGAUGGACUCUACCCCCAUCGCGCAGUUCCUCGAAUCGACCUAUCCAGACCCGCCAGUACCACUGACAUCAGAGCUGGGCCGCGAAAUCGAGUCCAAAGCACGCGUUGUGGUUGGCAUGGCCUUCCGGACGUCGGUGAUGCCGCGCGAGAUGGGCAUCCUGUCUCCGCGCGCACAGGAGUACUUCAGACGCACGCGCGAGGCUGCGUUUGGUCAUCCGCUGGAAGACCUGCUUGAUCCAGGAAAGGAGGAUCAGGCUUGGAUUGCGGUUAGCGAUAGUAUGCGCCUGGUUGGCGAGCUAAUACUGACGCAUAAGUCUACGAGGGUGGUGCACGAAGAGGUGUUUCAGAGGAUUACCAAGUACCCUGGUUAUAGGGAGGUUUACGAAGCGUGCCUGCCUUACAUGGUGAAGAAGGAUUGA